UGCAGUCUGUUACUCCGCUCUGGUUCAAACGCUAAUCACGGGAGCUCUCAACAACUACAACUCCCAGCACUCCUUGUACGAGGAAGAAGCUGCCGAGGGACCGAUUUUCGGAGCCGAGAAAGCAAACAUCAGAAUGUCCUACACAGCUAAAAUCGGACCUUCUAUUUUGAACAGCGAUCUGGCAUGUCUGGGCUCAGAAUGCAUACGAAUGCUGGACUGUGGCGCCGAUUACCUCCACUUGGAUGUGAUGGACGGGCACUUUGUACCCAACAUCACCUUUGGCCACCCUGUGGUGGAGUGUCUUCGGAAGCAGCUGGGACAGGGCCCUUUCUUUGAUAUGCAUAUGAUGGUUUCCAGGCCAGAGCAGUGGGUGAAGCCAAUGGCAGCAGCAGGAGCCAAUCAGUACACCUUCCACCUGGAGGCCACUGUCAAUGCCGGGGCUCUGAUCAAAGACAUCCGGGAGAAUGGCAUGAAGGUUGGCUUGGCUAUCAAACCUGGCACCACAGUGGAGGAGCUGGGUCCCUGGGCAGGACAGAUCGACAUGGCCCUGGUGAUGACAGUGGAGCCUGGCUUCGGGGGGCAGAAGUUCAUGGAAGACAUGAUGCCGAAGGUGAACUGGCUGAGAACACAGUUCCCUUCCCUGGAUAUAGAGGUAGAUGGAGGAGUGGGGCCUGACACUAUUCAUAAAUGUGCUGAGGCCGGAGCGAACAUGAUUGUGUCGGGCAGCGCCGUCAUGAAGAGUGACGACCCCAGGUCAGUCAUCAACCUGCUGAGGAACGUCUGUGUGGAGGCCAUUCAGAAGCGAUCGCUGGACCGCUGAAGGGACACGCGGCUCCGGGGGGGCCUGUCCGCUUGCUGGGACUGUUACUGAACCUGUAGUCCUUUUCAGUGGGGUGAAGAGUUUCACCAACUGGCUGACCAAAAUGACAAGGUUUAUUAAGCCUACCCCCCCUAUUGACAGCUAUUUACCUCAUCAGGUAUCCACCCAUUAUGAUGACAUCACAAGUUUGCAGUUUUUUCAAAUGGAGCGUGAUCUUCCAUGGGUUGAGCUCAGUUUUUUUUUCACGAACAGAAACGCAUUAAUGCUAAACUUUGGUUAUUUUUAUACAGGAUACAGAGGUCUGUAAUAAGCUCAGAAAAGGGACCGAGUCACUUCUGAACAUGUUUUUUAUUGGGUUUAACUGUCGGGAUGUCAGAUUGAUUGAAGGGAGAGCGACAUGCUAGCCUAAUAAGAUUCACUAUUGUUACUGUGUCUUCAGGCACUUCCCACUUCCACAAUGAUACCAACCCCUUCACGCACAAUUGCUACUGAAUUUGUUUUCCAUACUAUCCCUACCUCAGUUUUGUCUGUGUAUAGACUUUGCUUGUUAAAAGCUGUCAGUCCUUACAGAGCUGUGCCUGUGUGGAGCUGUUCUAAGGCAGCGAUGCAGAAAGAGCACACUGUACAGUGUGCUCUUUGUACGCUGUGCAAAAAACAAUGUAACAGUUUAACAACACACUCUGAUCCAAUCCUGUUUUUAAGUUCUCAUAAUAAAGCAUAUUCCCCAAGUA